UGAUGUAAUGACAGUUGGCAUGUACAAGGAGAAAAUAGCCCGGAAAGAGAUUGAAAUGCUGACCAAACAGUCAAAAGUUCCCCCAGCAAGUGGCCUGGAGCCAUUUCGCACGUACAAACGGGUUCCCGUUUCCUACACCUGCUUAGACAAACUGGGCCACAGCCACUGGGAAGGCAGCAAAACUGAAGAGCCAAAAGCAGACAAUGAGGAAUCUGUGUCUGUACAGCUUGGCACACAGGAGACCAGCACCUUCAGCUGGUCUUUUUUGGGUAUCGCAGUUCCUCCUCCAUCAGUGCCUGGUUGCGUGGGUUCUAGCGUCUCAGCUCCUCCUGAUCUCUCUCCAUCUUCACCGCCUCCUUCACUCAUGUCUGACCGUUCCCCGACUCUACCUGCCUAUCCCGACCUGUCCAUGCUGCCUCCUUCACCUCUCCCAGAUGAUGAGAUGGGAGACUCUCCACCCCCACCUCCUCCUCCCUCUCCUCCUCCUCUGAGUUCUGUGUAUGGAGGUUCUUUGGUUCCACCUCCACCUGGUCAAAAUACCUCAUUGACUUCAGCAAAUGCUCCACCUCCUCCUCCCCAGGGUAAUAUUCCACCUCCUCCACCACCUCCUCCAGGCAAUGUCCCUGUCCCACCUCCUCCACCUCCCAUUCAGGGCAAGACAGUUGUUCCUCCUCCGCCUCUGCCUCCUCCUCCUCCUAGCUCUGCCUACAGUGGGUCUUCACUACCUCCACCUCCACAAAAUGCCUCCAUGGUGCCACCGUCGCCUCCUCCUCCUCCUAAUACUGGAGGAAAAUGUAUUCCACCACUUCCUCCUCCACCUCCCCCAUUUUAAAUGUUGAUUUUCAGUGUUAUUUUGACACUGAAUUGACAUUUGUUGAGAUAAGAUUUUUGUAAUGCUUUUUCAUUAAAUAAUAUGAACAUUUUCUUAAGUGUUUAUGGUAUGAAACGUUUAAAGACAAUAAUGUUUGUAUAAAGCAU